UUUUUUUUUUUGUAUUUACUGAGUGACAGCCAGCGAAAGAAAAGAGGGAACCCAGAAAACUGAAAUCCGCUAGGACCGAUCUUUCCAUCUCUUCCUCUGAUAUCUCUCGAAUCCCUAGAGAUGAUUUUCUUUUGAUAAAAUUAUUAACUCAGCAGUCCAUCUUCAAAACCUGGACUCAAAGUGGAAGGACUUAAAGUUAAAAUCAGGUAUGCCUGUAAACAGGGUCGAUGUCAGAUAUUAAAUCCUUCCUCUCAGCAGGGGAGUAUUUUCUAUUUUCUCCUGAUAAUAUGAAGGAAGUUUGAAGAGAUUAUUGAUAGGGUUUUUUGAGAUCUCGAGAAAGCAAACUUGGUAAAUGCGAUGAUGACGCAUCAGAUGUUGCUGAGCAGCACAGGUUGCAGAGUCAUCAGAAAGCCAUGGCUAUUCAAUCGCCCUGUUUCAUGCCCCCCACUAACCAUCAGUAACGCUGAGGCUAUUACAGGGAAACUCCUAUUAAGGGCAUUGAUACAUAGUUGAACAGAUUGCGUACAACUCCUGUUAUGCAACAUAUAGGAAUUGGCUUCAGUAGACUUGGAGAAUGCUGAGAUUCCUGCGAAUAACCUUACCUUACUUCCGAAGAAAGAGAUAGAGCAAUUGCAGCGGCAAAAGCAAUGGAAAGGAACCAUGAUCGAUUUCCUUUGAAGAUCAUGUAACUGAAACCGCCUCUUAACUAAAAUAUGAUGCAAGAUAGGAAAUUACUACUAGUGGUCAACAAAAAUGGAGUCCAGACAAUACAUGUUUUUUGCUGAUGACAUAUCUUUAUUCUGUAAUGGUGAGAAAAGAAAUGUGAGAAGACUGGCGGAGUGCUUAAUGAUUAUCAAAUAUCUUUUGGCGAAGUGGUGAGUGUUGAAAAAAGCAAAUGUUUUGUCGGCGGUACUUAAGCUAGGAAAACGCAAAUUGCUGAAGAAUGUCAAAUGCAUUUGGCUAGCUUCCCUGACAAAUUCUUAGGGGUUAUACUAUUUCCUGGGAGUGUUAAAUUAUGUCAUGUUUGGGGAUGUGUGGAGAUGCUUCAGAAGAAACUUGCAGGCUGGUAAGGUAUAAUCUACAAUGUCUGUUUACAGAAUCGCCCAUAAGAGUUCUUAAGAAAAGUGAAAGAAUGAUAAGAAACUCUGUGGUUUGGUGAGUCGUGACCCAUUACAGAAGAAGUUAGUGACAUUGGAACGGGAUCAAAUUAGUGCUCCGUUUUAAGGAGGGUGGGGUUUGAGAAGAUUAGAAGUUGUGAAUUAAGCAUUGCUGAUGAAGAUGCUUUGGAAAAUACAAUCAGGUACUGAUGAAUGGUAAAGUAUUUCAUGUCAAGAAGUGGAGAAUGGAUAACUCGCUACAAAAAUCAUCAAUUUGGCCUGGUUUGAAGUGGUCGAUGGAGGAUGUGCAGAAAGGUACAAGAUGGAUUAAAGGUGAGUCUCUAAGAUCACUUUUUCCAGAUAAUGCACAUGUUAUAGCAUCAGGGUUUGAAAGUAGCUGAUUUACUGAGAAAUUUUUGUUUUGCUUUUUGGUUUCCACUCAACCUGAUAAGAGUGAUUUUGCGUCAAGGAAUUAAGCAUUUGCCAAAAACAUUAGAAAAACAAUCUCCAAAUCAGCUCUGAGCUCUCUGUAAAUUUUAAUAUGCUCGGUACUUCCCAAUUGCACCAAUUAGGCAAAUAAUUAUAGGGACUUGCAAAGCUUCCAAUCUUCAGAUUCUUCACUCGUUCCCGAAAUCAGCGUGAGCAAAAAUUUAAAGAUACAUGGUUCGGCAAUGCGUCCAAGCAAAUGUAUCUGUCACGAUCACAAAUAUAUGGUGCAGCAUCUCACUCAUUUCCCUCAACAUAGUACCUUUACCUUUUACCUUACUUAGUAGCUCAGAUACUUGAAGAACACUACUAAUUAGUUGUAGAUCACUCUCUUCUCAUCUCUAUACCGCAAUUCAAUUCGAAACUGCAUCUAUUUAAGACUUAAACCCACUCAUCUCAACUACUGCCACUUCUAGUUCAACCUUAAGCAUGAAGUAGUUCCUCAUAUGGCCAUCCACCUCUUUUUAAGUUGUUGAAAAAGUAACUAAGAAGCUGCCUUGUAAUUUCCUGUUGCCAACCCUAAUCCACUACGUACAACUACAAAUACUACUACUCUCACUCUCCUAUGAACCUGUUUAAAAUUGAAUCAGUGAAUUUCAGAACCAGUUCAACACGAAGAGUUUUUUUCUCCAUAAUCUUGACCUUCAUACUCCCACUUUCAGUAUUCCAACUUUUGUAUGAAACUGAUAAUCUGUUCACUGAUCAAUCACCGAAUAUUCCACGCAGUAUCAUCUACCUUGGUUUCUUCUUUACCUUCUAUCUCCUCUCUACCUCCGCUAUUAGCUUCACCAUAGCUUGUCUUUACGUCUCCAAACCCGUUUCUUUUCUUUCAGUUCUUCUCGCCAUCCCUCGUAUAGUUUUACGUGUUUUCAUCACCUCCCUCUGCGCCAUAUUUCUCAAGACCGCAACCGACGUCGCCGGCUAUUUCAUUAGUGAAUUUCUCAUCCAUACAGAUAAUACUAUGCCCGCAGCUAAGGACGUUCUUCUUAUGAUUAUCGAAUCUAAGGAAGUUCUGUGGUGUCUUAAGGGUAUCAUCUUUUAUUUCUUCUUCUUUAUUGUCAAUGGAUAUUUAACAGCAUUAUGGCAUCUCGCAAGCGUAAUUUCGGUUACUGAGCCGAAUGUUUAUGGUAUAUCAGCCUUGAAGAAGAGCAGAGAACUGCUGAGACAGAAAACUGGUACCACACUUGUUAUUGUGUUCUGCUACUUCGCUUGUGUUUCGCUUAUUGAACUUAAUGUGUUUCUCAUCAUGGAUUAUCUUCCUAUGAGUUGCUCGGUUCGGGUUCUGCUGAUGUCGCUUUAUCUAAUCUUUUUGAUGCAUGGGAAUUUCAUUGGGCUAUUUGUUCAGAACGCGUUGUAUCAUGGCUGUAAAAGCCAUCACAACCAAGUCAUUGAUAAGAAGGUUUUGUAUGAUCAUCUCCCUACCACUACUGAAUUGGUUACAGAAAACGGCGUUGAAGACGACUUGGAAUCUCAAGGAUGGAAGUUAGUGGGAGCAGAAUAGUCUGGGAAUCCUUUAUUACAUGCAAUUUGAACUUGUCCCAUUAAAGUUCUCUAAGUUAUAUAAUGAAAAUAAGAAUAAUAUGCUGUUUCUAUAUAACAUCUUAGUUAUCUUGGUUAUAAGGAAUAUCUAGGUUUCUUAAUCUUACUUGUCUUGGUUUUAGCACACAGAUGUCUUGGCAGAAAGCAACGCUUUGCAAGGUUUUUCUAGGCCUUGUUCAGUUUCUUUGGGAUUCAGUGGGAUAGAGCAGAUUAGAAAAACUUUGUAAAAAAAAUAAUUAACUGUCAAGUGGA